UUCUUUCACAGUUUUUUUUCUCGUAUUUUUGGCUAUAUUCUUUCCGGUCCUAGAUUUGCUUGUGACUUUGCAAGAAGAAGAAAGGCAGAAAAAUGGCGGAGUCUUCCUCGUCUUCCAUGCAGUCCGACGACGAGAGAGAAGAAAUGUUGGACCGAAUGCUUACUCGUUUAGCUUUUGCCGAUGAUUCCAAGCUCGAAAGCCUGCUCUCCAAGCUUCUUCCUUACUGUAUUUCUUCCCUUUCUUCUCAGUCUGCUGCCGUGAGGAAGAAGGUCAUGGAGAUCUUGACUCAUGUAAACAAGCGGGUGAAAAACCAGCCAGAGAUUGGGUUGCCCUUCUCAGAGUUAUGGAAGAUAUACAGAGAAGCCGAUGCAGCUCCAAUGGUCAAGAACUUUUCUAUUGUAUACAUUGAAAUGGCAUUUGAACGCUUAUGUGUAGAGGAUAAAGCAAAUAUUGCACCUGAUCUCAUAGGUAAUGUUUCAAAGUUUCCUCCACAACACCAAGAUAUAAUUUUGAGGAUCGUUGCAAAGGUGAUUGGUGAAUGUCAUGCCAAUGGAAUUGAUGAUCAAGUUGCUGCCAAGUAUAGAUUAAUGAACAACAGUCAAGAUGGCCAGUUGUUUUUGGAAUUUUGUCUUCAAACAAUUUUGUUUCAACCACCACCUCAAGGCACCGGGAGUCCAGCAGGGUUAUCAAUUGCUCAGUCAGACCGUAUUACUGGGAAGCAGCAGUUAAGAGGCGAAACUCUAUUAAUGAGAAAGUUAGGGAUUUUGAAUGUGAUUCAGGCUAUGGAGCUGGCUCCAGAAGUUGUGUAUCCUCUCUACGUGGUUGCUUGUUCAGACAGUCAAGAGGCAAUAGUUAAGAGAGGUGAGGAGCUUGUGAGGAAGAAGGCAUCUGGUGCAAAUUUAGAUGAUCCAGAGCUUAUAAGCAGGCUUUUUUUGCUAUUUAAUGGUACUAUUGGAGUUGAAAAUAUUGCUCCGGAUUCUAGGGUCAAUCCUGCAAACUCUGCCUUGAGAACACGGUUGAUGUCUAUAUUUUGCAGGUCUAUUAAGGCUGCUAAUAGUUUCCCAUCCACCUUGCAGUGUAUCUUUGGCUGUAUUUAUGGAAUUGGGACCACUUCAAGGUUGAAGCAGUUGGGAAUGGAAUUCACUGUCUGGGUAUUUAAACAUGCAGUAUUGGAUCAACUGAAGGUUAUGGGCCCUGUUAUAUUGAGCGGUAUUUUGAGGUCACUUGAUAGUUCAAGUGCAGAAUCAGAUGCAACUUCUAGGGAUAUUAAAACUUUUGCCUUUCAAGCAAUUGGUUUGCUUGCACAGCGGAUUCCCCAACUUUUCAGAGACAAGAUUGAUAUGGCUGUUAGACUUUUUGAUUCUUUGAGAGUGGAGGAUCAGUUGUUACGUCUUACCAUUCAAGAAGCAACCACUUCACUUGCUAUAGCUUACAAGGGAGCUCCAUCAAAUGUGUUAGAAGAUCUGGAGUCACUUCUGCUGAAGAAUUCCCAAGUUGAACAAAGUGAAGUGCGUUUCUGUGCUGUGAGGUGGGCAACAUCUUUAUUUGAACUACAGCAUUGUCCAAGUCGUUACAUUUGCAUGCUUCGGGCAGCUGAUUCAAAGCUGGAUAUAAGGGAAAUGGCACUUGAAGGUCUUUUUCCCAUGAAGGAUCAACAUGAAAACAUAAGCAAGAAUUCUGACCUUAAGUAUCCUAAGCUUAAAGACAUGCUAGCUUAUAUUUGCAAGCAGAAGCCUGAAUUGUUACAGUCCAGUGAAAUGAGGGAAGAAAAACUUCUUUUUCCUUCAAAGAUGUAUGUCUCUAUGAUCAAGUUUUUGUUGAUGUGUUUUGAGGCAAGCUUGGAGCAAGAUAAUUCUACAAGCGCAACAUCUGAGUGGCAGUUUUCAGUAGAAUUGCUGUGUUCAGUGCUAGAACACGCUAUGGCAUAUGAAGGCUCUGCUGAGCUGCAUGCUACUGCCUCCAAGGGAUUGAUUGAUAUUGGAUCUUAUGUGCCAAAGGUGAUGGCUUCUCGUUAUGCAGUGAAAAUUUUUUGGUUGAAACAACUUCUGAGUCACUUGGAUUCUGAUACACGUGAAUCUGCAGCCCGUCUACUUGGAAUAGCUUGCUCUGCUCUUUCUACAUCUGCAGCAUCUGAUAUUAUUUCUGAACUUCUUUCUUCUAUUGGUGGAAAUAAGCUGAGGUUUGAAAGUUAUCAUGGUGCAUUAUGUGCAGUAGGAUAUGUUACUGCAGAAUGCAUGUCAAGAACGCCUAGUAUUUCUGAGGCAUUGCUUCAAUGUACUAUUAAAUGCCUUGUAGAUGUGGUUAAUUCUGAGACUGCAACAUUGGCUUCCAUUGCAAUGCAAGCACUAGGUCACAUUGGAUUAUGUUGUCCAUUGCCUCCACUUGUUCUUGAUUCUGGUGCAGCUGGAGUUUUGACUGUUUUGCAUGAUAAGUUGGCCAAGCUACUAUCUGGCGAUGAUAUCAAAGUGAUCCAGAAAAUUGUUCUCUCUUUAGGGCAUAUCUGUGUAAAGGAAACAUCGAUUUCUCUGAUAAAUAUUGCCCUUGAUUUGAUUUUCAGUCUUUGCCGGUCAAAGGUUGAAGACGUACUCUUUGCAGCUGGGGAGGCUCUUUCAUUUAUGUGGGGAGGGGUGUCUGUGACUUCUGAUGUGAUUCUCAAAUCCAAUUAUUCAUCACUUUCCCUCACUUCUAACUUUCUUAAAGGCGAUGUGUCUUUUCCUAUGUCAAGACACCUCCCUACUGAAGGAAGUGAGGCCAAUGAGGAUAGCCAUGUUAUGGCCAGAGAUGUUAUAACUAGAAAGCUUUUUGAUGUUCUUUUAUACAGUAAUAGAAAAGAGGAGCGCCGUGCUGGAACUGUGUGGCUACUAUCCCUGACAAUGUAUUGUGGGCAUCAUCCAAAAAUUCAACAAUUGCUUCCUGAAAUUCAGGAGGCAUUUUCCCACCUUCUCGGUGAACAGGAUAACCUUACACAGGAGUUAGCAUCUCAGGGAAUGAGUAUUGUCUAUGAACUUGGUGAUGCAUCAAUGAAGAAAGAUCUAGUAAAUGCACUUGUUGGUACUCUUACUGGCUCAGGAAAAAGAAAACGAGUUGUAAAGCUGAUGGAAGAUUCUGAAGUGUUUCAAGAGGGGUCUAUUGGUGAAAGCCCAAGUGGAGGAAAACUUAGUACUUACAAGGAACUCUGCAAUCUGGCAAAUGAGAUGGGACAACCAGACUUAAUUUAUAAGUUUAUGAAUCUGGCUAAUUAUCAGGCUUCUAUAAAUUCCAAAAGAGGUGCCGCUUUUGGGUUUUCGAAAAUUGCAAAACAAGCUGGGGAUGCACUUCAGCCACACUUACGUUUAUUGAUUCCCAGGCUUGUUCGUUACCAGUAUGAUCCUGAUAAGAAUGUGCAGGAUGCAAUGUCACAUAUCUGGAAGUCACUUGUAGCAGAUUCCAAGAAGACUAUUGAUGAACACUUAGACCUUAUAAUUGAUGAUUUGUUGACUCAAUGUGGGUCCCGGCUUUGGCGUUCUCGUGAAGCUUCCUGUCUUGCCCUUGCAGAUAUAAUCCAAGGGCGCAAAUUUGAGCAGGUUUCAAAACAUUUGAAACGAAUAUGGACAGUUGCAUUUCGUGCCAUGGAUGACAUAAAAGAAACUGUACGGGUUUCUGGUGAUAGCUUGUGCCGUGCCAUGAGCUCACUAACUAUAAGGCUAUGUGAUGUUUCUCUCACCGCAGUAUCAGAUGCAAAGCAGACAAUGGAUAUUGUUUUGCCUAUCUUGCUGACUGAAGGGAUAAUGAGUAAAGUUUCCAACAUCCAAAGGGCAUCUGUUGGAAUGGUUAUGAAGCUUUCUAAGGGUGCUGGGAUUGCAAUUCGUCCUCAUUUGCCUGAUCUUGUUUGUUGCAUGCUAGAAAGUUUGUCAAGCCUUGAAGACCAGAAGCUGAACUAUGUUGAGAUGCAUGCAGCAAGCGUUGGAAUCCAGACAGAGAAGCUAGAAAAUCUGCGAAUUUCAGUUGCAAAAGGCUCCCCAAUGUGGGAGACACUUGACAUGUGUCUUAAGGUUGUUGAUGUGCCAUCAUUGGAUCUGUUGGUACCCCGCCUUGCUCAACUGGUUCGAUCUGGAGUUGGUCUGAACACUAGAGUUGGCGUAGCUAGCUUUAUCAACUUACUUGUUGAAAAAGUUGGUGCUGAUAUCAAACCAUUUACAAACAUGCUUUUAAAGCUCUUGUUUCCUGCUGUUAAGGACGAGAAAAGUGGUGCAGCAAAACGUGCUUUUGCAAGUGCUUGUGGAAUCACAUUGAAGUACUCAACUCCUUCGCAGGCCCAAAAGUUGAUAGAAGAGACUGCAGAGUUGCAUAGAGGUGAUAGAAGUUUACAGAUUUCAUGUGCAGUUCUACUGAAGAACUAUUUGCAUCUGGCAGCAGAUGUUGUAGCUGGAUACCAUGCAACAGUCUUUCCUGUUAUUUUUGUUGCAAGAUUUGAGGAUGACAAGGAUGUCAGUGGCCUAUUUGAGGAGUUGUGGGAAGAAAACACAAGCAGUGAAAGAGUCACCCUUCAAUAUUAUAUGGAUGAAAUUAUUUCUCUUCUUUCUGAGGGAAUUAUGUCUUCUUCAUGGGCUAAUAAGAAAAGGUCAGCAAAGGCUAUCAGAAAGCUAAGUGAAGUUUUGGGAGAAUCUCUUUCUUCCCAUCAUCAUGUCUUGCUCAAAUCUCUUAUGAAAGAAUUACCUGGUCGUUUAUGGGAGGGAAAGGAUACUAUUUUGUAUGCAAUUGCUGCUGUUUGUUUGUCUUGCCACAGCGCAAUUUCUGUUGAGGAUCCAGAAGCCCCAAGUUCAAUUUUGAAUGUAAUAGCAUCUGUGUGCACCAAAAAGGACAGGGCAUACUGUGAAGCAGCUUUUUUCUGUCUAGAACAGGUUAUUAAUGCCUUUUCUAAGCCAGAGUUCUUUAAUAUGGCUUUUCCUUUGUUAUUUGAGUUUUGCAAGCAGACCAAUGUCACCAAACCUGGGCAAUCACCCUUGGCAAAUGAUGCAAUUAAAUCAGGUACAGAAGAAGACAAUGCAUAUGUUUCUGCUCCACAUGAUAAGGUUCUCGACUGCAUUACAUCUUGCAUCUCUGUGGCACGUCUAAGUGAUCUUCUUGAACAGGGGAAUAAUUUGAUGAAUGUUUUCUUGUUUGCAUUGUCGCCUGGGUUGCCAUGGACAGUCAAAAUGGCAACUUUUUCAUCAAUGAAAGAGUUGUUUUCAAAGCUCCAGAGCAUUGUCAACUCUCUGGAUGCCCGUCUAUAUGCUAAUGCAACUUCUUUGAUUCAUGAGAUGUUUUGCUUUGUGCCACUUAAGCUAACUGAAUGCAUGAAGACAGUAAAGAUUGCCCAGGUUCACAUCAGUGCAUCAGAUUGCCUACUUGAAAUAACCCAGCUUUAUAAAGCCACUGCACCUGUACAGUGGAAAGAUAACGGGCUUAAGAACGAUCUCGUUUCCUUAUAUGAGAUUGAAAGGAGUGAGCAGGCCAAGUCAUCAUUAAGGAAAUGUAUCAACAUUAUUGAGGAUCUUGAGCUAAAAAAUGCCUCAACUUCUGAGAUUGCACACUGAAGGCACCAAGGUGAGUAACAUGUAUAGAAAUGGAAUACAAAUGUACGACAUUCAAACUUGUAUAUAACAGCCCAUUUUCUAACAGAAAAAAGGAUGUGUAGAAUGAAAAAAAUUCAUUUUUGGGUGUUGGAUGUUUCUUUUUCAAGAAUAAAUACACACUAUUUAUGACUGAUAUUGUGUAUCAUGAAUAAAAUGACUUGAAAACAAUUUUUUGUGAGA